AUGGAACGUGUCAGAAGGAUCACAAUGCGAAAGACCACAGCCUACAAGGGGAGACCCAUACUCAACAUCGCCCUCAUCCUGAUGGCCACCUUUGUGUGUGGCUGCAUCAAACUGUGCUUAGAACCGAAAUACAUGGGAACCAAGUGUCGCUACGUGCUGUGGUUCUAUCUGUCCCUGAUGUUGCAAAGGAUGGGCCUGGCCUCAAUGCCACGCGGUGAGCCAGUCAGUUGGACAUUGCUACGCUACCUGUCCUCCAUGGAAUAUUUCUUUCAGAAAAUUACCUUGGACUAUCAGCAAGCACGGAACAUCCUGCUGGCCCUGUGGGAGAAGCAAACAAUGGAUCCCUGUGAGCUUUGCCAGGACCAUUUCGCUCUAGGUUUCAUCACAGUCUUGGUCCAAAUAUGGACCAAAGAGCUGAUGUCCAGAGACAGAUUGGUUUGUAAACAGUGUGUUGUUGUCGGAAAUGGAAACGCCCUAAGGAACAGCUUACUUGGAGAAGUUAUCAACAAAUACGACAUUGUUAUUCGAUUAAACGAUGCUCCAGUGAGAGGCUAUGAACAGCAUGUUGGCAGCAAAACUACUCUGAGGUUCUUUUACCCUGAAUCGGCAACUGAAGACCUCUCUGGUGAAAACGAUCCCGACAUGCUCUUUGUGUUGGUACCCUUCAAAACAGCUGAUCUCCUCUGGCUGAAGGCACUUGUAUAUAAUGAAACAAGUGUAAUGAAAGGAUUCUGGAAAAAUCCACCCUUGAUAAAGAAGUUCGAUAUUUCUAAGGUGCGAAUACUCAGCCCCUUUUACCUAUGUCAACUGGUGAUGAAGUUACUGCAGCAACCAGACGUGAUCAACAAGAAAGAAUCUCAUCCAACCAUUGGACUUUUAGCCGUCACAGUGGCCCUGAAUUAUUGCGAUGUGGUGCACCUUGCUGGAUUUGGUUAUCCACAUAAUCAAGAAAAUGGACUGAUUCAUUAUUUCGAUAAUCAGCAAAUGACUUCAAUGGCUGACUCUGUCCAUAAUAUUACCCAUGAAGACCUGUAUCUGAAGAGUCUGCAGAAAGCUGGGAUUAUAAAAUAUCUCACUUAA